UUUGAAGAUUAAAAAAAAAUCCUCCGUAAUAAUUAAGUUUUUGGAAAAGUUCAAAGAUCCUUUGAAUAUCCAUAGAUUGGCCUUUUGCUGGUUUCCUGUCUGAUUAGCUUGUGCUUAAGUCAGUUUAGUGAUGCUUUUAGCAUUGCAAUGGCUGUCUUUAUAGUUGUAACCGUUGGCUUUGCCCAAGAAUACAAGUCAGAAAAAAGUUUAAAGCUUCUGGAGCGUCUGGUUCCAUAUACUUGCAGUUGCCUGCGGAAUGCCCAGAAAAUAAAACUUGAUGCUGCAGAAUUGGUUCCUGGUGAUAUUAUAUGUUUAAAUAUGGGCGACCGUGUGCCAGCAGACCUGAGAUUAAUUGAGGCUUAUGACUUGGAAGUUGAUGAAAGUUCUUUAACAGGGGAGGCCGAUGCAGUUCACAAGAACAGUCACGUGGUAAAAAUUCCCGAUGGGAAGACACUUCGUCGCAACCUUGAUUUGAACGAGCGAACCAAUAUUGUCUAUAUGGGGACACUGAUAAGGAACGGCACGGGUCGAGGUGUGGUUGUAUCGAUUGGAGAAGAGACGGAAAUCGGAAAGGUAUUUGCUAUUAUGCAGGACGUCGAGGAAAAAAAGAGCCCAUUGCAGGUGAAAAUGGACGAGCUGGGAGUCGCAUUGACUAAAAUGUCUUUUGCUAUAAUAGCAGUCAUAUGCCUGCUUGGGUUUAUACAAGGAAAGAAUUAUCUCGAACUGUUUACCAUCGCAGUUUCACUUGCUGUCGCUGCCAUCCCGGAAGGCCUACCCAUAGUAGUCACUGUCACUUUGGCUCUCGGCGUUUUGAGAAUGGCCAAGCGCAAAGCCAUCAUUCGUCGGAUGCCCGCAGUGGAAGCUCUUGGCUCGUUGAGAGCCGCGCAUGUUCUUUGCGUGGAUAAGACGGGCACAAUAACAAAAAAUGAGCUGAAGGUAGUCAAGGUGUUUACUCCGCAGGACAAGAUAUUUGAGGUUACGGGCGAGGGAUACUCUGUCAACGGCUACAUCAAUAAGUCUGCCCAGCAAGUUCAUCUUGAAAAUUACCCCUCUUUGGGCCCCCUCCUGGAGGCCGCCACCUUGUGCAAUAAUGCUCAGCUUGUAACCGACGGCCCUCCUCUUGGCCUCCCCACCGAAAUCGCUCUUUUGGUACUUGCAGAGAAGGCUGGCUAUCCGGACAGAAGAGGCGCGUAUCUCAAAGUUAAAGAGUUUCCGUUUUCCCACGAAAGAAAGUGGAUGGGGGUUAUUUAUGAAAUUAACUCUGUGAACAGAAUUUUCGUCAAGGGGGCAGUCGAUGUUGUGCUAAACAAGUGCUCAACCGUUUUUUACGGAAGUGAACUGCGUGACAUCACCCCAUUGCUGAAGGAGUCUCUACUGCUCGAAACAACUUCAUUGGGGUCCCUCGGCUUACGAAUUCUUACUUUCGCGUCUGGGACGGCACUUAAUUCUCUCUCUUUUUUGGGUUUUAUCGGUAUGCAUGACCCUCCUCGCGAGCAAGUCGGCCACGCUCUUUCUUGCUUAAAAAGCUUUCACGUCAAGACGAUAAUGAUCACCGGCGACCAAAAGGAAACAGCCUUGAAAGUAGCCUCUGAUGUGGGCAUAUUUAACUAUAAAGAGGAUAUGUCUCUAUCUGGCGCCGAGUUAGAAAAUUUGUCGGAGGAAAAGGUUUCCGCUAUAGUACCCCACGUUACCGUAUAUUUUCGAAUGACUCCUCGUGGAAAAUUGAUCGUCGUUAGCGCUUUUCAGCGCCUUAAAAAAAUUGUGGCCAUGACUGGAGACGGCGUCAAUGACGCACCUGCCGUAAAACAAGCCGAUAUCGGCAUUGCUAUGGGCUCCAGCGGAACAGACGUGUGCAAGGAAGCGGCGGAUAUGAUACUUCUUGAUGAUGACCUUUCAACUUUGGUGUUAGCAGUUAGCGAAGGAAAAACAAUUUUCUCGAACAUUCAAAACUUCGUGAGAUUUCAAUUAAGCACGUCCCUUGCUGCUCUGGGACUUGUGGCCAUAUCAUCUUUUCUUGGAUACCCUAAUCCCUUAAACCCAAUGCAAAUUCUGUGGAUCAAUAUAAUAAUGGACGGCCCUCCCGCCCAAAGUCUGGGCGUGGAGCCAUUUUACUCGGGAGGCCUUGUAAAACCGCCAAGAAGUAUAAAUGAUCCGGUCAUUACCAGAGAACUUUUUUUUCAUGUCUGCGUCUCGGCUGCGUUUAUCAUUGCGGGCACCUUGUACAUUUUCCACCGGGAAAUUAUGGAUACCAGCAACGUGGACGGUUCACUUUUGAAAAAAAAUGACUUACAUUACGAAAAAUACUUGACGCCUCGAGAAACGACAAUGGCCUUUACAACAUUCAUUAUAUUUGACAUGUUCAAUGCUCUCUCUUCUCGCAGCUUAAACCACAGACUUAUAGAUAUCGGUUUUUUUACAAACAAGGCGUUCCUAUAUGCUGUGGGAGGCUCUUUGCUUGGGCAGCUCCUCGUAAUAUACUUCUCCCCGCUUCAAAAAAUCUUUAAGACAGAAUCACUAUCAUUGUACGACCUGCUCUUGGUUUGUGCUGUUUCCUCGAGUGUCUUCAUCUGGGAUGAACUGCGCAAAAUAUAUAGACACGGAAAAACAAGACAAAAAACUAUGGAAGGGCCAUGAGCAGAGCACGC